AUGAAAAACCCACUGGGUAGCUUGGCUUCUGUUUUAAGCAACGAUGAAGAAGCUAAGAAAUUGGAGAGGAAUAAGUGGGCGAAUAUUGUAAAAGGUGUUGUUCACGUCCUCUCCUAUUUGCAUCAUGACUGUGUUCAACCCCCAAUUGUUCAUCGAGAUGUAAUGAGCAGCAACGUUCUUGAUUUGGAGUUUGAAGUUCAUGUUUCAGACUUUGGCACUGCUAAGCUGCUCAAUCCAGAUCCAUCCAAUUGGACUAAUACGGAUAUAUUGCACCUGCUUUCCCACACAAUGGAAGUUGCUGAAAAAUGUGAUGUGUAUAGUUUUGGUGUGUUGGCAUUGGAAGUUAUAAAGGGGGCAUAUCAGGGUGAUUUUCUCUCUAAUCGAUCAUCACUUUUAUCUGCUGAACUGCACCUUCCGCUAACCAAUGUGUUGGAUGACAGGCUUUCACCACCAUUGCCAGAAGUUGAGAACAAACUCGUAAAAGGAUUGAAAUGCAAUGAUUAA